AUGAAUAAGUAUUUCAAGAAUUUCAUAUUAUGCGGGGACGCCGACUACCAUUGUCUUCUAUGUCACGAGAAUUUUCAAAGAGUUACAGAUGUGGAAAAGCACAUUCGCUGGGAGAAACAUAGAAAAAUUUUGAAGGAACAAACUUUGUUUACUAAAUUUAAAAAAGAUUUUAUUUAUAAAAUCAGUGAUGGUUACUAUUAUUGUGAAGCCUGUAACUGUACAUCACCUGUAUCCGAAGUUACAGCUCAUAUUAGAGAUGAAAAGCACAAAGCGAACAAAGAAACCCCUAUUCCUGAUAAACAAAUAGAAAAUGCAAUUUGUCGUUAUAACUGUGGCUAUGUUAUAGUUUCAAACAUUAUUGUGACCGAGCUGCAAUGGCACUCCAUAGUCAACAGGGUGUGCCUGAUAUGUUGUAAAUUUGUGGAGCCUGUGAAAGCCAAGGAACACACAAAUUCGACCUCACAUGUGUUGAAUAUUAUUAAUGCAAAAAUAUUGAAAAAAAAUCAAGAUGACUAUUAUAGGAAGAUCGACGAUGAAACAUUUUAUUGCUUCAUCUGUAAGAAUACCGUAUCUUACGAAACUUUUGAGUCCCAUUGGACAGACCAAGAACAUUGUGAUAACAAAAAUACUGUGGUCGGCAGAGUCACUGCAAGUGAUGUUUCUGCUGAACAAAAGAAGAAAACAGAGCUAGCCAAAAAACUAAUCGACACUCAAAGAGCUCAUUUUGAUGUAGAUGAAACAAAUGAAACUGCAUCAUGUAAAGUAUGCAAGGUGGUGGUAAAGUUAGAGUUUAAAACUAUGUUAGAUCACCAAAAGAGUCAUGGUGAUGCUGUAAAGACUGAAGCAAAAGAUUCACAAGUUCACGGCAGUUCGGAUGAAGAUGAACCAGAGAAAGUGGUUUAUAUGGCUGUGCAGGAUCAUGGCAAACGACGAUCAGAACUGUCGAAGUAUGGAAAAGAGAACCGCAUAAAGUUAAAUGAAGGUGGUAGUAGGGGCUAUUGUAGUUUGUGUCAUACGAGUUUGUCCGCAAGCAUGCGAGUUUUCAAGGAACACGUGAAAGGUGCACGCCAUAAGGGCCACCUGGAAUUAAAGGGGCUGAGAGGCAGAAGAGAGCACAAGGUUCCAAAAGCAAAAUGUGUGCCUAUCGUCAAAUAUUUGGAUACUGUAUUUUAUUCCAGUACGAUGAGAGUUGUGUGGGUAAAUACGAAUGUCUGCUUUGAUGUACCAGGUUUUGUUCUCAUGGCGCCUGUAAGAAAGCCUGCUCACUUUUUGAAAACGAAGUGCUUCGUUUGCGAUGUCGUAUACACUGAUAGUACAGAAGCCAAGCAUUAUCAAACAGAAGAGCAUAAAAGGCGCUUUUUGGCUGCUAAAGUUGUAGUAGAAAAAGCAGAUGAAUUUGUGCGUGAAAUUCGUCCUGACCUUUACCACUGUGCUAUUUGCAACAAAGUUCUACCGUUUUGGGAACUAAUGGAUAAACACUUAAACACAUGGAGACAUUUCCAGAGGAAAAAUAAUGCUGAAGUUGUUCAAAAGUUACUCAUACAGUGGUACAAGGAUGAAGUUCUCACUAAAUGCAGUAAAAAUCCUGACAUAUUGUAUGUGCAGACAUUGAAUUUGGGAUUAUUUAGCUAA